GGUUCGUAAAUGAAGGGGAAAAGAAAGAUCAAUGGCUUCCACCAGAUUACUGCUCCGUUCUAUGCUGUACAAGCCGCUGCACUUCGGCCAUCCCUUGUCCGUCGAGUCGAGCAGGGUGGCGGCAUGGUCAAGCAAGGCGGCUGCAUUCGAUGGAGAUCUUCGUAGGGCAACUCCUGGGGUGGCCGAAACGAGACCUGCAGAUGUGGCUGUGAAGGCGUCAGUGGCUGCCGCACCGGAGGAUGUGAUCAUGACGGACUCGUGGCAGGACCAGGCCGUAGGACUUGUCUCCCAUCUGAUGACUGGUUUCGCUGCAGGCGUGCUCGGUUUACUGAAAAAUGCCGCCAAGUGCAGGCCGGGGAAACUGGACGUUGAGAUGCUCGUUGAGAGGGCAAUAAUCAACUGUCGAUUUUUCAUGUGGUUAGCUGUUGCUGGAACGUUGCUCGGCUCGGCACUCUGCUUCGUGGAGGGCUGCUUCCUCGUACUUGAGUCGUAUGUUCAGUACUUCUGUUCUAUGACUCAAAUCAUGGAUCAAGGACACGUAAUUAAGCUGCUAAUUGAAGCCUUAGACAUGUUCCUCGUCGGGACUUCAAUGCUGAUUUUUGGGGUGAGCUUGCACGUAAUGUUCGUUGGGUCAAAGGUCAAGCCCGGAACUGGUGACAGGGCAUGGCUUCCCGAAUCCAACUUCUUCGGCCUCUACAAUCUAUGGGUUCUCCCGUGUUGGGUUGAACGACAGUCGGUUUCGCAGGCGAAGUCCAAGAUCGGGCAUGCAGUGAUGAUGUUACUCCAAGUCGGGAUGCUGGAGAAGUUCAAGAGCAUCCCUGUCGUCACGGGGUUGGACCUGGCAUGCUUCGCAGGAGCAGUGCUGCUCUCAUCGGCCUCUAUUUUCCUUCUAUCGAGACUCUCCAUCGGCCGAGCUGCAGAAAAUCAGUAAUAUCGAAUAAGCAAAACCUCUAGGAAUUAGAUGCUGUAUGCACGACAGAGUUCGAUUUUUUUAUUGUUGUUAUUGUUCUUCAUUCUUCACAAGCAUGUAAUAUGGAAAGCCUUUUUCCCUUUGUAGAAUUGUAAAGUUUGUAAAACUGUUGGUUGAAGCAGUAAUACCAAUUUUGCAGUUAGUAAUUAGUA